AUGGUUCUUGAGGCUACUAUGAUUGCCAUUGACAACUCAGAGUAUAUGAGGAAUGGCGAUUUUUUGACAUCUAGAUACGAAGCUCAAUUAACUGCAACAGAAUUUAUUUUCCAAAAUAAAAUUAACUCAAACCCUGAGAAUACAGUUGGAUUAUUAGCCUAUGGUGGUAGUGGUCCCCAAGUUUUAUCGACUUUGACUACUGAUUUUGGUAAAAUAUUGGCUGGAGUUCAUGAAACAAAAAUUCAAGGUGAAAAUAACUUUUCGAGUGGAAUCCAAGUGGCUGCAUUGGCGUUGAAACACCGUCAAAAUAAGGUCCAACAGCAAAGAAUCAUUAUAUUUGUUGGAAGUCCAAUAAAGGAAUCUGAGAAAGAAUUGGAAAAAUUAGCUAAAAAAAUGAAGAAGAAUAAUGUGGCUGUAGACAUCAUAAAUUUUGGUGAAGAGGGCGUCAACACCGCCAAGUUAGAAAGAUUCCAGUCAACUAUAAAUAACCACGAUAAUUCACAUCUUGUUACAGUAUCUCCAGGGCCGAGAUUAUUGUAUGAGGUUGUUGCUUCUUCCCCUAUUUUAGUAGAGGACGGUGGAUUCGGUGCUGGAGGCUCAGGUGGUGAUAUGGAUUUCUUUGGUGGUGCCGGUGGUGCUGGAGAUAUCAUUGAUCCAAACAUGGAUCCAGAUUUGGCAAUGGCAUUGAGGUUAUCGUUGGAAGAAGAGAAGGCCAGACAGGAAAGAGAGACCGCAGAUAGAGUUAAAGCAGAAAGUAGUACGGAUUUGGAAAAGAUUGAUGAAAGCAAAGAAAACAAUAACGAUAAGGACAAGGAUGUCAACAUGGAAGAUGCUAAAUAA